GGAAUACGGGUGGUAUAUAAAAAAGCAACACUUGGAGCGUUACACCGAACCACUAAAAACGACAUUCAGGGAUAAUAACGUCUCUUCUCUUUCCUCCGAAACACGCAAGGUGAAUUUGAACAGUUAUGGCCCGUACAAAGCAGACAGCCCGUAAAUCUACAGGGGGGAAAGCUCCCCGCAAACAGCUCGCCACUAAAGCGGCCCGUAAGAGUGCGCCCUCUACAGGAGGGGUGAAGAAACCACACCGUUACAGGCCUGGCACCGUGGCUCUCCGUGAGAUUCGACGUUAUCAGAAAUCCACAGAGCUGCUGAUCAGGAAGCUGCCGUUCCAGCGACUCGUCCGAGAAAUCGCUCAGGACUUCAAAACUGAUCUGCGGUUCCAGAGCGCUGCCAUUGGAGCCCUGCAGGAGGCAAGUGAAGCGUAUCUGGUAGGUCUCUUUGAGGACACUAAUCUGUGUGCUAUCCAUGCCAAGCGUGUCACCAUCAUGCCCAAAGACAUCCAGCUGGCACGCCGCAUCCGUGGAGAACGUGCUUAACACACGCUAUUACAAAAAUGUAAACACACUCAUAUAUACACACACACUUUCAUAUGUCACACAAGGUCUCUGUUGCUCUUUCACCAUGUAUGUGUCUCUUUCCUCCUGUCGUGUGUGUGAUUCGUGAAAACCUCUGAAACACAUGGAGGCUCCUGAUUGGCUGUAGGUUUUUGGUGUGGGAUUGUGGGUAAAAUCUGCACCAUUGGUGUUUGGGUUAUUGGGUGUCUUUAGAAAGCUUCAUCACUGGAUUGUGUGUGUGUUAGUUACUGAGUGGGUUUUUUUUUUUUAUAUUUUUGUUUUUAUCCCAGUGCAGAAGUGUUUUUCACAUUUUUACCAGUUUAAAGCCAAAAAUAGAAUUUUCAUGAAUUUUUUUUUUUUGCUCCACUUUAUUUUUCGCUCAAAGUGUGACUGAUUUCAUGAACACACACACACACGUGUUUUAAUUUUACAUUUGACUUCUUUGAGCUCAUGUUUAUUAAUCAGUGUGUUAUUAGCAGGUGACUGCUCAGGUUUUUCUACAUUUUUUUUGUAUGAAGUGUAUCUUGGGGUAUUAGAUUUUAUUUGCGAGAUAAAUAAAGGAGUUGUUUGUCCUGA